GUCCUCACAGGUCAGGCUGACCCGGUCCUCACAGGUCAGGCUGACCCGGUCCUCACAGGUCAGGAUGACUCGGUCCUCACAGGUCAGGCUGACCCGGUCCUCACAGGUCAGGCUGACUCGGUCCUCACAGGUCAGGCUGACUCGGUCCUCACAGGUCAGGCUGACUCGGUCCUCACAGGUCAGGAUGACUCGGUCCUCUCAGGUCAGGAUGACCCG